AUGGCGACCAACAUCCACUUCCACGCCAGCCCCCUGACACCCGACAUUCGCGCCGGUCUACGCAAACAAUCCGGCCUAACAAUCUGGCUGACCGGACUCUCGGCAAGUGGUAAAUCCACCAUCGCCGUCGCCCUGGAACAGGCACUCCUCCGCAAACCCUACAACAAAGCCGCCUACCGCCUCGACGGCGACAACAUCCGUUUCGGCCUGAACAAAGAUCUCGGCUUCUCCCCCAAAGACCGGGAAGAAAACAUCCGCCGCAUCGCCGAAGUCGCCAAACUCUUCGCCGAUUCCUGCACCAUCGCCAUAACAAGCUUCAUCAGCCCCUACCGCGCGGACCGCGAUCUGGCCAGGCAAUUGCACGAAGCGAAACGACCGGACGGUGAAUCCGGCGUUCCUUUCGUCGAGGUCUGGAUCGAUGUCCCCGUUGAGGUCGCCGAGCAGCGCGAUCCCAAGGGUCUGUACAAGAAGGCUCGCGAGGGCAAAAUCCCUGAGUUCACGGGGAUUAGUGCGCCGUAUGAAGAACCGCUGAAACCAGAAAUUCAUAUCGCCAGCGACAAGACGAGUGUGGAGGACGCGGUCAAGAUCAUCGUCAAGUAUCUUGAGGACAAGGGGUAUUUGAGUACUCCAGCUGAAGUGGAUGACGAGUCGUAG